UAAAGUGGUGAUCUGGAUAUAAGAAAAAUCGAAGGGGGUGGGGUUUAAGGAUUGGACGAGUGAAAUGGGAAACCCGAAGCAGAAGUGGACGGCGGAAGAAGAAGAAGCCCUCCGAGCCGGCGUCGCAAAGCACGGCACUGGCAAGUGGAAGAACAUUCAGAAAGAUCCCGAAUUCAAUCACCAUCUCUACACUCGCUCCAAUAUCGAUCUUAAGGACAAAUGGAGAAACAUGAGUGUGAGUGCUGGGGGGCAAGGCCCUAGGGACAAGUCAUCAAGGCUAAUCAAACCCAAGUCGGAGUCGGAUGCUGCGGAUGCCUCGUAUACUGCUCCCACUCCGCUUCUUCUUACCAACAUACACACUCCUGCUGCCUCUUCCACCCCACCUGUCACGGCUUCUUCCACCGCUCCCGCACCCGCGUCUUCCAUUUCACCCACCCAUGAUGCUUUGCCCGCUCCCGCUAAUGAUGCUUCCAAAUGCUCUCUCGAUGUCAAGACUGCUUCGAAGUAUGACAAUAUGAUCUAUGAUGCACUUAAGAAUCUAAAUGACCCAAAUGGUUCUGAUGCUACCGCAAUCGUCAGCUUUAUUGAGCAAAAGCAAGAGGUGCCCCAAAAUUUCAGGCGGUUACUGGUCUCUAGGCUACGGAGGCUUGUUACACAAGAAAAACUUGAGAAGGUGCAUAAUUGCUACAGAACUAAGAAUGAUGCUGCACCUGGAGCAAAGGGCCCUACCCCUAAACCAAAAGAUAUCCGGCCUAGACAGCCUCAACCGACUUCUUAUCUUCCCGAUACAGUACAUGAUGCUGCUAAAAAUGCAGCCUUCAAGAUUGCUGUAGCAGACAAUAAAGAAUCUGUAGCAGCCGAAGCAGGUAAAGAGUCCGAUAGGAUUAACAAAAUGACUGAGGAUGCGGAAAUGUUGCUUAAGGUUGCAGAAGAUAUUUUUGAUCGAUGUUCCCGUGGUGAAAUUGUUAUGGUCUCCUAGCAUAGGAAUUUUCGAUCUAUUACGCGUAACUCAGUCAUCCUCGCACUAUAUUAAGCACAGAUUACUGGGUGAUAAAAAGUAUCAGUUGGAAAAUUGUUUGAUACUGCCAUCAAAGCAAAUGUACAGAAAUUUUUCUGCAGCUUCAUGUUUGUUGAAGAUGGUUUUUUGGAUUAGACAUGUAGUGCUCGAUCUGCAUUUGUCUGGAUUUAUUAUGCUGGAAUUUCAGUUUUUUAGUUGGCUGUUGAAUGCACUAUUGACUAGGAGUAUUUAUAACCAUGUAUUUUUAAAACAUCGGCCUAGACGUAUCAAUACCAGUCUCCUGUACAGUGGUACUA